AUGUGUUCUCACGUUUUUACUUCAUUUUUCAAAAUAACGAUGAAGCGUAAACGACUAUAUCCACGUGAAUCUUAUCCAUUAACAUAUUUGAUCAAUCGAAUUCAUCAUGCACAGCAUGAUUUAAAACAAAAUGAACGUGUUCACCAUUUUCUUAAUACAUUUAUUUUAUAUCUUGUAUGUUUUCUUUUAAUGUUCGUAUUCCAGUCACAUACAAAUAUUUACAAUUCAUUAUUUGGUCCAUUUCAUAUGAAUGAACAGGAAUUAAUUCAGCAUUUGACAAUAUACAAAACAUUAAAUUGGAACCCCGUUCUCUUUAAAGAAUACUUACAACUACUGUCUGUACCAAAAUAG